CCUCCCGCAGUUGCCCGCAACUUGCUUCUUCCCCUGAAUUGACACCCCCUCUCAUAGGGGAGGCUCCCCCGCAGUCUGCGCAUGCGCAUCAUUCUAGCGGCCGCCCCUCCCAAGUACUACGCAUGCGCAGACCGUUCGUUGUAGGCUCGUUGCCGCGACGUAUUGAGCAGAAUCUAUACGCAUGCGCACCGUCAGACGCGGAGGUACACGACGUAUGUCGCGCAUGCACAGUCCACUUCGCCACGCGCCUUUCCCAACGCGCAUGCGCGUGCUGCGGUAGCGCGACGCUGGGAACAGAAGGACCCCGCGUCCUCCCGUCUUUUGGGUGCCUUGAUGGAUGCCUGAUUAAAACUACUCCUCUCCGGGGACGGGGCUGGGGGAGGGAGCCCAGGUGGGGAAACAAGAUGUCUGAAGUCACAGCAGAGAAGCGUCCUCUGGCUGAGCCGCUCCCGCAGGAGAUCCCAGUGCGGCCUGCGCUCCCUGCCAAGCAGGAGGCUGCCCCGGCCCGGCCACGGUGCCCCAGCUCUGACCCAGAGCCCAUCUGCAUUGAGGAUGAACCCGCCCGGCCCAGCCCCGAGGGGAAGGUUAAGGCCUCUUCCAGCAACAGCCCCGUCUAUCGCCUGGGUUCCAACCAGUGCUUCCACUGCCUGAUCACCUUCCCGGACGAGAAGUUCAAGGAGCGGCACAUGAAGCGGGAGCACCCCGAGGACUUUGUGCAGGAGAAUCUGCGCGACGCCCUCUUCGUCUGCUUCAUCUGCAGCAAGCCCUUCGACAGCUCCCGCGCCCUCAUCUGCCACCAGCGCGGGCAUGCCCCCGCCCCGCCCCCCGACUGCCCCGACUGCCUGCGCCCCGCCUUCGAGUGCCCCGACUGCGGCCGCCGCUUCGGCCAGCUGGCCAACUACCAGCGCCACCGGCUGGGUCACGCCGCCGGCCGCAGCCUGCCCCACCAGUGCCCCGACUGCGGCAAGAGCUUCCGCCAGCUCUCCAACCUGCGCCGCCACCAGGCCUCCCACCAGCGCCCCCUGGAGCUGCUGCCCUCCCGCCCCUACUCCUGCACGGAGUGUGGUGAGAGCUUCGCCCAGGAGGCCGGCCUGCACGAACACUACAUCCGGCACGCCCGCGGCGAGCUCUAGCGCCCCGGCCUGGGGGCUCUGGCACUGCCCCUGGAGCUCUAGCGCCCCUCCAGGCCCCGUGGGGAGAGCUGGGACUGCAGCAGAAUGCCCCCCUCUUCUGCCACCGAGCCCUCUCCCAUCGGCUCUGGGCACUGGGACAGCAGGCGCCAUCUGGCAGGAAGUCGAGCUAGAAUGGGACUGGAAGGACAUUGAUGGGACUAGAGGGUGCCAGCUCCCAUCCGGUCCCAGGGCAGGAGGGCUGGCUGGCUCAGGGGAAUGGGGCAUGGGGCCUGUCCCCUCUAGGGAGCACGGGCUCCCAUCCGGUCCCAGGGCAGGAGGGCUGGCUGGCUCAGGGGGUUGGGGAAUGGGGCAUGGGGCCUGUCCCCUCUAGGGAGCACGGGCUCCUAUCCGGUCCCAAAGCGGGAGGGCUGGCUGGCUCAGGGGGUUGGGGAAUGGGGCAUGGGGCCUGUCCCCUCUAGGGAGCACGGGCUCCUAUCCGGUCCCAAAGCGGGAGGGCUGGCUGGCUCAGGGGGCUUCCAGCUGAACCCCCCCCAUCCCCCUGUGUCCGUUAGGCACCCAGAGCAUCUCUCUCCACACCCUGCUCUUCCUCCCAUAAACGCCUCAUGCCUCCCCUGCAGCCAAGCAGCGAGCGUUCCACAGCACCGGCUGUCACCCCCUAGUCCGGGUGGAGGCUGCAGUGCCCCGCACUGGAGUCCUGGCGGGAGAGGACCUAACCCGAACACAUCCUCUUUCUUUGUUUGGGGCAGGGGGGAGCUUUCCAGCGCCCGUGUGUCCAGUCCCUGGGCUGUUACCCUGCAGCGUGGCGUGAUCUCUGACUUCCCCCGAGCAUAGCUGGAUCCAGUAAAGCCGUGUCAGCGCGGGGCGACUUUUACCCUGCUAGUUAUCCCAGUGCAGCGCCUGGCACGAAAGCACUUACUCUAGUACGAAGGGCUGUUGUACCAGUCUGCCCCUGCAGUGUGGCACUGAGCCACCAUGAGCUGGGGUAAAACUGCCCAGUCUUGCAGGGGUCACAGACCCAUCCCAGGGCGGGGGUUGUCUUCACUGCUUCAGGGCGGAGCUGGGCAGCCAUGGGAAGGAGCUUUCGGGGGCAGUUUGGAGUGGAAUGGGGGAGAUGUGGGAGGAUGAGGAGAGCUGGGCUCCCAUAGCCGGCUGCGGGGCCGUGCCAGGACACUGGGGUGAGGAGUCAGUCCUAUUUUUCAUAUGGAAACAAUAAAGAGUUGGAAGCUGA